AUGACAUUGACUUAUCAAAACCCGUCCCUUCAAGUUACUAAAGACCAUAGAAUAGAACUCAAAGAAGCACCUGUUAAACCUCCAUUAAAAGGUCAAGUUUUAAUUCAUGUUAGAGCUACUGGAAUAUGUGGUUCGGACAUUCAUUUCUGGAAAUCUGGAUCUAUUGGUGAUUUGAAGGUACUAGAUAACUGUAUACUAGGGCACGAAGCUGCAGGAGACGUCGUGGAGAUUGGAGAAGGGGUUACAAAUGUCUCUGUAGGAGAUAGGGUUGCCAUUGAACCAGGUGUACCUUGUGGAAAUUGUUUCUUGUGUAGUCAAGGAGAUUAUAAUCUUUGUGAAGAUGUUCAAUUUAUUGGGGUUUUCCCUUAUCAUGGGUCGAUGCAAAGAUAUAUUACUCAUAAUUCAAGGUACGUUUAUCGUUUACCCGAUAAUAUGACAUAUUCCCAGGGUGCCUUAGUUGAACCAAUAUCAGUCGCGUAUCAUGGUAUCGAACGAGCUAAUUUGAAGCUAGGUGAAGGGGUACUAAUUGCUGGUGCUGGCCCAAUUGGCUUAGUAGCUCUACUUUUAGCAAAAGCUUCUGGUUGCACUCCCUUAUGUAUUACAGAUUUAAGCAAAGAAAAAUUGGAAUUUGCCAAAACUUUGGUUCCUCAAGUAAGAACAUAUAAAGUUAAUACGAAGUUAUCACCACAAGAGAAUGCUAAGGAGGUCAGAAGUAUAUUUGGUGACCAAGAAUGUAAUUUCCCUCAUGUCACAUUGGAAUGCACGGGAGUUGAGUCGAGUAUAAUUACAUGCGCUUAUGUCACUAGAAGAUCAGGUACAUUAAUGGUUAUUGGAGUGGGAAAGGAUAUUAUUAAUAACUUUCCAUUCAUGAGGUUAUCAUUAGCUGAGAUUGAUGUGAAAUUCAUUAACAGGUACCACGAUUCAUGGCCAACUGUUAUUAGAUUACUAAGCCACGGUAUUAUUAAUGCUGAUUUGUUAAUUACACAUCGGUUUACAUUAGAGAACGCCAUUGAGGCACUCACAUUAUCAUCCGAUGCUUGUAAUGGUAGCAUCAAAGUUAUUAUUGAAGAUUAA